GGAAAACAGCAGGGUUGCUCUGAGCUGGAGAUUUCCUCCUUUUGCGCGCAUAUAAAAGCAUAUUUUAAAAAGCAACUUUUCAAUCUAGUCUCUUUAUCUCUCUCUGAAUAUUUAGAAAACUAAACAUUCAUUAAGAAGAUGACUUCACUCGCUCCUUUGUUUUGCGCAUUUGUGUGCCUGAUGAUGCUGUCUUCAGGAGACUGUCAGGGACUACCAGGGCUCACCUUCGCCAAGCAAGCAUUUCAAGGAGCUGGAGAUAUGUGGAAGGCGUAUAAAGACAUGAGGGACGCCAACUACAUAGGAGCAGACAAGUAUUUCCAUGCAAGGGGCAAUUACGAUGCCGCUCAAAGAGGACCUGGUGGAAAGUGGGCAGCAGAAGUCAUCAGUAACGCACGUGAAUCUCUUCAAGGCCCGAAUACCGCAGACUCCAAAGCUGACCAAGCGGCGAAUCGUUGGGGCAGAGAAGGCGGUGACCCUAAUAAAUUCAGACCUAAAGGCCUUCCCGAUAAAUACUAAGACAUUUAAAAGAAAUGUUUGGCAUCAGUAAUGAAUACUUUAGUAUUCUAGCAACUCUACAUAGGAAGAAAAAAAUGUAAAUAUGCAAAGAAACUGUCGCCUAUGCAAAUGAUCAAGCCAUUAUUGACGGUUUUAUAGACCGUUCUUUUUAUGUUCUCGUAGUGUUGGUAAUACUUAAAUUGACAUGAUUUAAUUGCAGUUUCUUGACUAUAUUUUCCCUUCUUUUAUGAUUAAGUUUAUUUGGUGAAAUAUCUUCUGCAUACAUAGUCUAAACAAAAAUUGUUUUAAAUAAAGUUUUUGAAUCAUUUC